CAUCAAGCGCACCAUUCCACCAGAUGGUGCGGACAAGCUGGACGAUGCCUACUGGAGCAACAACCGGUGGGGCCCGCAAGGCAAGGCACAGACAUCAGCGCCGCCCAACUCUCUGGAGGCGAAAAAGGCGAGGAUGCACUACCAGCAGCCGGUGAUCCCGAUCGUGAAGCCGCCUGCGGACGUGUUCGCCUCCCUAAAUGAGCUGGAGAACCUGAUGCGCGUGACGCUGGGCGCGCUGGCGAACUUCAAUGAGGACGAGAAAAUGCAGCUGCUCAAGCAGUUCCGCAAGGAGGAGAACCGGGCGCGGCUCAAGGGCGAGUUCGCACCGCCGGGGCUGAUCACGGUGACGCGGUUCCGGCACGCCUGGAAGAAGUUCAGCGUCCGGGUCUCGGAGGAGCAGGCGCACGCGCUGUUUAUCAAAUACGGCUGCGACUCGCAGGGCAUGCUUCCAUACGACAUGUUCGCGACCAAGCUGCUCAGCAGCCCGGCGCGGCUGUUGGCGCUGGAGCCGGAGCAGAAGGGCCCGUACAAGGCGGGCAAGGACGCAUCCUUCCGCGGCAAGAUUGUGUACCGCUACUGCCGCAAACCCGUGUUCCCGCCCUCCAACUGGGACGGCCUGCCGGCGCUGCGCUCCGCGCGCAAGCCCAAGGCCGGCCUGAAGCUGGAGUUUGUGUACGGCUACGCGGGCGUGGACAACACCUGCACCAACAUCUUCUUCACGGGCGACGGGCGGCUAGUGUACUACCAGGCGGCGGUGGGCGUCAUCUACGACCCCGGCACGCACACGCAGAAGUUCUUCCAGGGCCACGACGACGACAUCAAGUGCAUGGCCAUGCACCCGGACCGCUUCACGGUGGCCACGGGCCAGGUGGCGUCGGCGCUGGACGGCAGCUACGACAACCCGUUCGUGUGCAUCUGGGACGUGCGCGACCCGCUGGGCAUGAUCUGCCGCCUCAACUUCCCCUCGGACGGCGCGGCCACCAGGUACGUGGUUGCGCUGGCGUUCUCCGGCAAUGGGAAGCGGCUGGUGGCGGUGACGGGCGACAACCGCCACACCGUCAACGUGUUCCACUGGAAGUCCAAGACGCUCAUCCACUCGGACGUGGGGCACAACGGCCAGCCGCCGCAGGUGUUUGGCGUGGUGUGGAACAACUGGAUCAAGGACCGCGACGGCGAGGGCCGCGAGUUCAUCGCGCCGUCCAUGUUCGUCACGUACGGGGUCAAGCACCUCAAGUUCUGGACGCAGGAGUUCAACGAGAGAGCCAAGAAGGAGACGUACAAGAGCUUCAUGGGCAAGUUCGGCAAGGCGCAGGUGCAGGACGUGCUGAGCGCGGCCUUCAUCUCCGUCAACACGCUGGUGACCGGCAUAGCCACCGGAGAGCUGCUCAUGUGGGACGUGCUCGGUGACCGCACCGCUAACGGCCAGCCCGGCUUCUGCAUCAAGGUCAUCACCGCGCACGGGCCGGGCGUGCCGGCGCCCAACAUCCACGACGGCACACCGACGCUGCAGGGCGUCCGCGCGCUGGCGCUGCGGGCCAACCGCACCGAGCUGGUGUCGGGCGGCGCGGACGGCCAAAUCAUCGUGUGGGACAUCACCACCGGCGUCGUGGGCCGAGUCAUCAAGACCAUCCAGGUGCAAGAGCCGGGCGAGAAGGACCCGGCGGUGUUCCGGUCGCUGGACGCGCUGGAGAACGGCUACGACAUGGUGGCCGGCACACAGCGGUGUGAGAUCUGGGAGCUCAGCCGCGACACGCCGGAGCCGCUGACGCAGGGCCACACCUCCGACGUGCUGGGCCUGGCGUUCCACCCCAAGAAGCCGCACAAGUUCGCCACGGCCUGCGACAGCAUGAACGUCUUCAUGUGGAACGCCAAGCGGCGCCAGCUGGUGGCCAAGGUCAACAUCGGCGAGAAGGCGCAGUCGGUGGCGUUCAGUCCCAACGGCGCGCAUCUGGCGGUCGGCACGAUCACCGGCAUGUGCAAGGUGCUGAUGGUGGAGAACCUCACCCAGAAGGUGGCGGAGUUCCACACGCUCAAGGAGAUGGUGCACGAGCUCAAGUACUCGCCGGACGGCACCAAGCUGGCCGCCGGCAGCCACGACAACUUCAUUGACAUUUAUGACGUGACGCGUCACUACGCGCGCAUCGCCCGCUGCUCGGGCCACAGCUCCUACAUCACGCACCUGGACUGGUCCGCGGACAGCCGCAUCAUCCAGUCCAACUGCGGCGCCUACGAGCUGCUGUACUUUGAGGCCGCAACCGGCAAGCAGAUCCGCCAGAACCAGCGCGACGCGCAGUGGGCCACGUGGACGUGCACGCUGGGCUUUCCAGUAAUGGGCGUUUGGCGCGACGACACGGACGGCACCGACAUCAACGCCGUGUGCAGGUCCUUCGUGGGGCAGUUCCAGGAGACGGACCCUAUUGUGGGCGACGGCGAGCUGGUGGUCACGUCCGGGGACGACGGGCGGCUGCGGCUGUUCAACUACCCCUGCGUUGUGGACGACGCGCCGUGCCGGACGUACCUGGGCCACUGCUCGCACGUGAUGAACGUGCGGUUCAGCCCGGACAACCGCUGGGUGGUGUCGGUGGGCGGCAGCGACCGCUCCGGCAUGCAGUGGCGGGUGCUGCGGGAGGCGCAGGACGAGAUUGUGACGCUGCAGCCGCCAGUGCCGGAGGUGUACGUGUACGAGGCGCCCAAGCGCAAGCUGGUGGAUGUGGAGGCGCCGCCGCCGCCGCCCAAGGAGGAGAACAAGGCCGACGACGGCAAGGAGCGCAAACGCGCUGAGGAGCUCAAACACCUGUACGAGAUCACCACUGUGACCUCCGACAUCAAGGGCGCGGGCACGGACUCCAACGUGUUUGCCGUUGUCUACGGCGACAAGAACACCAGUGGCGAGGUGAAGCUGGAGGGGCGCGACGAGGACUUUGCGCGCGGCGCGAGCGGCGUGUUCAAGGUGAAGCUCAUGCCGCUGGGCGAGGUGUCGUCCAUGCGCAUCGGCCACGACGCCAAGGGCACCAUGCCGCGCUGGCACCUGGACCGCGUCACGGUGAAGAACCUGACGCUCAACACGGCGCCGGUGGUGUUCCCGUGCGCACAAUGGUUCGCCACGGACAUGGGCGACAAGAAGAUCGUGCGCCUGCUGCGGCUGAAGGGCGCCAAAGACGGCGAGGUGGGGGAGCCCAAGCUGCUCCGCUACAAGGUCGUGGUGAAGACCAGUGACGUCAAGGGUGCAGGCACGGACGCCAACGUGACGAUGCAGAUCUUUGGCGAGCACAACGGCAAGAAGUACCAGUCCCCGCAGCUCAAGCUGGAGAACAGCGCCAACAACUUCGAGCGGGCGCAGGUGGACACGUUCGAGGUGGAGGCGGCGGUGGGCGAGAUCAAGUCCAUUCGCAUCGGCCACGACAAUAGCGGCUUCGGCGCCAGCUGGCACCUGGACCAGGUCAUUCUGUCCAACCCGGCCAUACCCGACCUGCAGUUUGUGGCCAAUCGGUGGUUGUCGGAGGAGGAGGGCGACCGGCAGACGGCUGUCACGUUGUACCCCACGGGCGCCAAGGACAUCCCCAAGCCGCACAAGUACCAGAUCACGGUGUUCACGUCCGACAUCCGCGGCGCGGGCACGGACGCCAACGUCGACAUCUCGCUGUACGGCACCAACUCCCAGAUCACCGGGCUGAAGCUGGAGAACUCCAAGAACAAUUUCGAGCGCAAUGCGGAGGACGUUUUCUUCUUCGAGCUGCCGGACCUGGGCUCCAUCCCGGAGAUUGAGAUCGGGCACGACGACUCGGGCGCCAUGGCGGGCUGGCAUCUGGCCAAGGUGAUCAUCGAGGACCAGACCGCCCGCACGCGAUACGCCUACCCCUGCGACAGGUGGUUCGACAAGAAGGAGGAGGACGGGCUCAUCCGGCGGCGGCUCAAGGUGGCGGAGACGGGCGGCGAGAACACCGACUACACGGUGACAGUGGUGACCAGCGACAUCCGCGGCGCCGGCACGGACGCCAACGUGUUCCUGGAAAUCACCGGCGAGCACGAGGGCAAGGAGCUGACCGGCAAGCGCAUCACGCUGGACAACAGCACCAACAACUUCGAGCGCGCCCAGGUGGACAAGUUCCUGCUGAAGAAGUACCGCAACUGUUGGAACCUCACCAAGAUCAAGAUCGGGCACGACAGCGCGGGCAUGGCGCCGGGCUGGCACCUGGACUAUGUGGAGAUUCAGGACGACGGCACCGGCCUCACGUACUUCUUCCCCUGCGGCAAAUGGUUCGACAAGGACGAGGGCGACCGGGCCACGGAGCGCAUCCUGCCGGUGGCGCCCUUCGACCCCAAGUCCGGCAAGGCGCAGUACAAGAUCACGGUGCACACCAGCGACAUCAAGUACGCCGGCACCGACGCCAACGUGUACAUCGAGGUCCACGGCGAGAUGGACGGCGCGCCUACCACCACGGGCCGCCACAACCUCAACAACUCCAAGAACAACUUUGAGCGCGCCCAGGUGGACAACUUCACCUUCCCGGCGCUGCCCAAUGUGGGCGACAUCAAGCGCAUCGUCAUCGGGCACGACAGCUCAGGCAUGGGCUCGGACUGGCACCUGAACAAGGUGGACGUGCUGAACGUCAACACCAACCAGCAGUGCUACUUCUACUACAACGGCUGGCUAUCCACAAGCGAGCCGCCCUACAAGACGGAGGUGGAGCUGUUCCCCUCCGACAGCGACGCGCCGCCCACAUGCCGGUAUACGAUCAUCACCUACACCAGCGACACGCGAGGCGCUGGCACGGACGCCAACGUGAGCUGCAUGCUGGUGGGCGAGAAGGCCAACACACCCAUGUUCGCGCUGGAGAAUAGCGCCAACAACUUCGAGAAGGGCCAGCGUGACGAGUUCGUGCAUGAGACCAUUGACAUCGGCCCCAUCAAGCAGCUGAAGAUCGGGCAUGACAACAAGGGUCUGGGGCCGGCCUGGCACCUGGACCACGUGGAGGUCAUCCACCAGGCUCGUCAAGAGACGUACUACUUCCUGGCGGACCAGUGGCUGGACGCAAAGCUCAACACGCUCAUGAUCACGCUCGAGCCGGCCAACGCCGCGGGGGCCAAGCAGGUGUACAAGGUGUCGGUGCGAACGCAGGACAAGCGCGGCGCGGGCACGGACGCCGACAUCUCCGUCAUCCUGUUCGGUGACAAGAACAAGACCGGCGAGCUGAAGCUGGAGUCCAGCGCCAACAACUUUGAGCGCAAUCAGACGGAUGACUUCACACUGAACCUAGGCCACCUGGAGCUGGGCGAGCUCAACAAGAUCGAGAUCGGCUACGCCACGCAGCAGAGCGCGGCGGGCGCGGCGGGUGGCGCGUUCGGCAAGGACUGGGGGCUGGAGGCGGUGGAGGUGACGCACAUGAACACGCGCGAGGUCAAGACGUUCUGGUACGACGACUGGAUCACAUCGGACAAGCGGCGCGUGCAGCUGGUGCCCACCAAGAAGGGCGAGAGCAACGUGUACAAGAUCAGCGUCAAGACGAGCGACAUCCGCGGUGCGGGCACGGACUCCAAUGUGAAGCUGACCAUGUUCGGCAAGCUGGAGGAGAAGCCCACAGCCGGCCCCGAGACCAAGCUUGACAACAGCGCCAACAACUUUGAGCGCGGCGCCAUCGACAAGUUCAUGAUCAAGUGCAAGGACCUGGGCGACCUGACGCACAUUGUGGUGGCCAGCGACGGCAGCGGGCUGGGCGCCGCCUGGCACCUGAACGAGGUGGAGAUCCUGGACACGGCACGCAACCGCAUCACCGUGUUCCCCUGCGGCGCCUGGCUGGACCCCUCGGACAUGGCCUCGCUCACGCAGACGCUGCUGCCGCGCGGCGUGGACGGCGCGCUGGGCAAUCUGCUGGUGUACGAGGUGAGCCUGUACACGUCCGACAUACGCGGCGCCGGCACGGACGACAACAUCAGCAUCGAGCUGCACGGCGACAAGGCCUCCAGCGCCGCCAUGAAGCUGGACACGUCCGCCAACAACUUUGAGCGCGGCAUGAAGGACGUGUUCAAGCUCAAGUUCAUCGACAUCGGCGAGCUGCAGCACGUGAUUGUGAAGAAGGACAGCAGCCUGGACAACAAGCUCACCGGCGACUGGCACCUGCAGUCUGUGGAGGUGCUCCACCCGGGUCUCCAGAAGCGGUACUUCAUGAUGUGCAACGACUGGUUCAAGGGCGCCUGCCAGAAGAAGCUGGAGCCGGGCAAGGUGCCGGCCAACGGCAUCUGCGACUACCGCAUUGUGGUGCACACCUCCGACCUGCGCGGCGCCGGCACCGACGCCGACGUGACCAUGCAGCUGUUCGGCGACAAGGGCGACACGGGCGAGCGCAAGCUGGACAACUCCACCAACAACUUUGAGCGCAACCAGGUGGACACGUUCUUUAUCAAGGCGCCGGAUGUUGGCGUGUUCAACUCGUUGCGCAUCGGCCACAACAACAGCGGCUUCGGCGCGGCCUGGCACCUGGCCAAGGUGGAGAUCGUCAACACCAACACGGGCGAGAGCGCCGUGUUCCCCUGGCACAACUGGAUCGACAAGGAGCACGGCCUGUCGCAGCUGCUCACGCCCGACCGCGACGGUGAUGGCAAGGGCGAUGCCCUGGUGGGCGGCCCGAUCGUGGAGUACACGAUCAACACGCACACCACGGACAUCAGGGGCGCGGGCACGGACGCAAACGUGUUCAUCGCGCUGUUUGGCGACAAGUCCAACAUGGGCGAGACGCGGCUGGACAAUUCAUCCAACAACUUCGAGCGCGGGCGUGUGGACACGUUCAAGAUCAAGGGCAGCGACGUGGGCAACGUGCAGAAGGUGGUCAUCCGCCACGACAACAGCGGAAUGGGCUCGGACUGGCACCUGGAGAUGGUGGAGGUGACCAACCCCAACACCUCCAAGACCUACUUCUUCCCCUGCAACGACUGGCUGCGCAAGGUCGGCGACGACGAGAGCGGGCUCAAGAAGGAGCUAGUGGCGGGCAGCCCAGACCAGAAGGGGCCCACGAACUACAAGGUCACGGUGUACACGUCCGACAUGCGCGGCGCCGGCACCGACUCAGACGUGUUCCUGACCAUCUACGGCCCCCUGGGCGACACGGGCGAGCGUCUGCUGGAUAACAGCACAAACAACUUCGAGCGGAACCAGGAAGACAAGUUCAUUGUGGUCAGCGACAACGUGGGCCCGGUGCAGAAGCUCAAGAUCCGCAGCAGCGGCAAGGGGCUGGGCGCGGCGUGGCACCUGAACAAGAUCGAGGUCAUCUCCAGCGCUACCGGUGAGAAGCUGGUGUUCCCCUUUGCUAAGUGGAUCGACGACAAGCACGGCUUGGAGCACGUGCUAUGGCCGGACCGCGACGGCGACGGCAUUCCCGACCCCACCGCGGACGCCGACCUCAUCAAGUACAAGGUGGCGGUGUACACCUCCGACAUCAGGGGCGCGGGCACGGACGCCAACGUGUACAUCGAGAUGCACGGCGACAAGGCCUUUGUGGGCAAGACCAAUCUGGACACCGCCGCAAACAACUUCGAGCGGGGCCGCAAGGACGAGUUCGAGAUCAAGGGCAGUGAUGUGGGCGAACUGCAGAGCAUCGUCAUCGGGCAUGACAACUCGGGCGUGGGCGCCUCCUGGCACCUGCAGCAGGUGGAGGUGUUCCACCCCAUACUGAACAAGCUGUACGUGUUCCCCUGCAACGAGUGGCUGGAGACCAGCAAGGACAAGGGCGUGGACGGCUGCAAGCGCACGCUGCUCACGGGCGCCGCCGCCGCGGACGCAGGCAUUGCGAGCUACCGGGUGAUGGUGAAGACCGGCGACCUGCGCGGUGCCGGCACGGACGCCGACGUGUUCCUCACCAUCUACGGCCCCAAGGGCGACACGGGCGAGCGUGUGCUGGACAACAGCGCCAACAACUUCGAGCGCAACCAGACGGACACGUUCAUCCUCAAGGGCCGCGACGUGGGCGAGCCGGAGCGCAUCCGCGUGCGCAGCAGCGGCACGGGCCUGGGCGCGGCGUGGUACCUGGAGACGGUCGACAUCGUGAGCAGUGCCACCAACCAGCAGUACAGCUUCCCCUUCAAGGGCUGGGUGGACGACAAGCACGGGCUGGACCACUUCAUCAACAGGGACGGCGGCGCGGGCCCCACCACCGAGCUGGUGGACUACCGCAUCACCACCUACACCUCCGAUUUGCGGGGCGCGGGCACGGACGCCAACGUGUUUGUGGAGCUUCACGGUGAGCUGGGCGCCGUGGGCCAGUCGCGCCUGGAGACCGCCGCCAACAACUUCGAGCGCGGGCAGGUGGACAACUUUGUGGUCAAGGGCACCAACGUGGGCGACGUGCAGAAGGUGGUCAUCUGGCACGACAACAGCGGCCUUGGAGGGGACUGGCACUUGCAGCAGGUGGAGGUGUUCAACACGGCCACACAGAAGUCUUACUUCUUCCCCUGCAACGACUGGCUGCGCAAGACCAAGGAGCAGGGCGAGAAGAGCUGCCGCAAAGAGCUGCUUGCCGGUGUGGCCGGCGCCUCUCUCAACAGCUACAAGGUGGAGGUGCAGACCGGCGACGUGCGCGGCGCAGGCACCGACAGCGACGUGACCGUCACAGUGUUCGGCAGCAAGGGCGACACGGGCGCUCGGUCGCUUGAGUCCAGCGCCAACAACUUUGAGCGGGGACAGGUUGACACGUUCUUCUUCAUGGGCCCCGACAUUGGCAAGAUCCAGAGCUGCCAGGUGGUGUGCAGCGGCACAGGCAUGGGCGCCGCCUGGCACCUGGCGCACAUCACCGUCACCAACACGGUCACAAACGAGAGCGCGCGCUUCAACUACAACAACUGGCUGGACGACAAGAAGGGCUGGUCACACACGCUGUACGCAGACGGCGUGGAUGCCGCCAAGGCUGCUGAGAAGCAGACGGAGUACGAGGUGCACGUGUUCACCAGCGACGUGCGCGGCGCCGGCACGGACGGGGACGUGUUCCUGCAGCUCAAGGGCGACAAGGGAGCCAUGGGCGAGACCAAGCUGGAGAACGCCGCGAACAACUUCGAGCGCAACCGCGAGGACGUGUUCACGGUCAUGGGCUCCGACAUCGGCAAGCUCACGGAGGCAACAGUGCGACUGGUGGAGCGCGGCUUCGGCGCGGCCUGGCACCUGCAGCAGAUUGAGGUGCUCAACAAGAAGACCGGUGACCGGGCGCUGUUCCGCUACAACGACUGGCUGGAGGGCGCCAAGACCACCGUGACGCUGUUCGAGUCCAGCUCCGACAAGGCCAAGGAGCAGGCACCCGGCAAGGCGCGGUGGAAGGUGGCGACGCAGACCAGCGACAUCUUCGGCGCGGGCACGGAUGCCAAGGUGUGGGUGCGCGUGUGGGGCCCAAACGGCAUGCUCAACGGUGCCGAGAUCUCGCUGGACAACUCCAAGAACAACUUCGAGCGCAACGCUCUGGACCAGUUCUUCUUCGAGUUCCCGCAGGACAAGGACUGCGGCACGCCCAUCAGCAAGCUGGUUGUGGAGCGCGGCAGCACAUUGCUGCCGGGCGGCGACUGGCACCUGGACUGGGUUGAGGUGGUGGACAUGAACCGCGGCCACACCUACCGCUGGAAAUGCGGCGCCUGGUUCGGAAGCAAGGACGGGCUGGUCAAGGAGUGGAACGCGGAGAAGGCCAUUGCUGGCGAGAAGCAGCCGCUGGAGCUGAUCGAGUCGCCAGCAGGUGUGGCGGGCGCGCCAGCGGUUACAGGCGACCGCUACCGCAUCGUAACCAUGACCGGCAACGUGUUGGGUGCGGGCACGGACGCCAAGGUGAUGCUGCAGUUCGCGGACAUGAACGGCAUCACCUGGGUGCCCGUCUUCACACAGACCAAGGCCAUGUUUGAGCGCAACAUGCGUGACGAGUUCUUCGUGUCGUCGCCCGCCAAGCUGGGCGAGAUGGCGUCGUGCAAAGUGUGGAUCGAGAACCCCGGUAUGGGCGACAACUGGCACCUGGACCACGUGCUGCUGACGCACCUGCCGUCGCAGCGCGAGUGGCGCUUCAACUGCCGGGACUGGGUGCCCAAGGGCGCUGGGCCGGCGCAAGGCAAGAUGCUGCCGGCCUCCGUGUCCCGCGACGUGCCCCUGCAGGGGCCGCCGCCGGGGGCUGACACCUCCGCCGUUGACCAGGAUGCCGCCGCCGCCGGGCCGCCCAAGCCCCCGCCGCGACCCCUGGUGCAGUAUGAAGUGACGGUGGCCACGGGUGACAAGUUCGGCGCUGGCACGGACGCGCUGACCAGCAUUGAGCUGGUGGGCAGCCGCGGGAGCGCCAAGCACACGUUCGACCAGAGCAAGAGCCUGUUUGAGCGCGGCAGCCGCGACCGCUUCCGGCUGACGCUGCCGGACGUGGGCAACAUCACUGCGGUGCGCGCCUGGCACGACGGCUCCGGCUUCGGCGCGGACUGGUACCUGGACGGCGUGACGAUAGAGCACCCGCUGGCGGGCUGCAAGUGGGAGGCGUCCUUCGCGGCCUGGAUGAAGGGCGGCGAGACCAACGGGCUCACCAAGCCCACGCGCCAGGUGGCGGGCAGCCCGGCGGACGCGGAGAAGGUGUACGACGCCGCCAUGGCGGCAGCGGCGGCCAAGGAGGCGGAGCGGCAAGCGGCCAUUGCGCGGCAGGACGCGGCCACGCGGCCGCCGAAGCCGCCGCCUGGGGCCAGUGACACGGCGGCGGCGCCCGACCGGUUCGCCAAGAAGCCCGGGGACGAGGGCAUCGCCAAGCAGGUGCUCAAGCCGGACGAGUUCUCGCGGCUGCCCCAGAUGCAGCCGGGUGACGCCAAGUACCGCUUCAGCAACGAGGUGCGCAACAACCCGGAGCCGCCGCCGCCGGCGUGGCAGAAGCACACGGCGCCGUACGCGCAGGACCCCAAGUACAUGGUGACCUACUACCACAACCCCGUGACCAAAGAGAGCACGUACGACAAGCCGGCCGAGUAUGCGGACUGGGAGAAGAAGUACGACACAUGGUUGGCCACCGUGAUGAAAUAAAUAAAGUGAUGGAGGGUGGACGCUGUUGCUGCCUGCUGUAGAUUAUAGACAAUGCCCACGCACUGACGGACGGAUGAGAACAUACGCCCGAUGAAGGCCUCUUGGGGUUUCAUGGGCAGGACAGAUGAUGCGGACCGAGAGGAUGUACACACGAGUGAAGAAACCUGCAUUGAACACUGAACACAGCAUGUAGACUAGGGUGCUGGUCGUCGCACGCCGCGGCGCGCGUCUUUGUACUUGAGUGGUAGGUGUGUACUAGCUGAGCCGCACGAGCUUGGAAUCAGGCACUGCUAGGGACAGAGGCGCGCAGGGGUUGAACCCCUUGGCGCGCGCAUGUACUAUGGGUGGGCGGGCCAGCACAUGCCGCUGUUUGGUGUGCAGCAGGUUGUGCCGCUGCCCCACCCGCGGGUACCUCCGCCUGGGGCUGUAAGCCAAAUGCAAA